AUGUCUUUCCAAACACCCGUCAACCAGUUCAUGGUUGCAGACAAUACCGAAACGGCAGGUUGUCAGGAGGCAGUGAGGACUAUAUGUGAGCUCAUAGAGAGCAAUCAAGUCACCCUUCUAGAGUUCAUUCGUGGUCUAGGUACACAUCUCACGGAUGAUUCCAACGUUAUUAGGACCAGAGCGAUCACCCUUCUCAGCUCUAUUCUGGGCAACCUAAACAGAAAAAAGAUGUAUGCCAAAGAUGUCCAGGUGCUGCUGGAUUUUUAUUUGUCGAAGCUCGAUGACGAGCCUUGCUUGAGAGAAGUGCUCAAGGGUCUGAGCUCGCUUGUUUUGAUGAGCCAAUUUGAUCCUAACUUAAUUCCUCACCUGCUAGGCUUCCUCGUGGAAAAAUACUCCCCAUUGGGCAAGUUGGCUAGCGUAAGGUACUUUGGAUUUGAGGUUCUGGACUCUGUGCUAUCUGCCCAUUUGGAAGCAGCAAAACAAUACAACGAUGAAAUUAUUAAAACAUAUUUGCACGUUUCCAAGAAUGAAAAGGACCCCAAAAAUCUGCUGCUGUCGUUUAAGCUGUCAGCGCUGAUAGCACAGAACUUCGACAUCAGUAAGUUUUCUGAGGAUAUGUUUGAUGCGGUGUUUUGCUAUUUCCCUAUCUCUUUCAGGGCCCCAGCGAACGACCCGUAUAAAAUCACGGGAGACCAGCUUAAACAGACACUCCGUAACUGUCUUAGCGCCAGCGACCUCUAUGCCAAAGACGCUUUUCCCAAUCUUCUUGAGAAACUAUCGGCUACCUCUCCAACGGUCAAACUCGACGUUCUUAUGACGCUUAAUCAAUGUGUCGAGAAAUACUCAACAGCAACAGUGGAAGAAUACUGGAUCACAUUGUGGAAUUCCCUCAAGUACGAAAUUUUGCAUAACGAGCUUGCUUCUGUUGAGACACUGACGCAGUUGUUUACGUACUAUGAGAAUUCAGAAAAUGAAGACGAACGGAUCAUUCCUGCAGUCUUGAAGAUCUUCCAAUCGUUAAGCAAGAAAUUGCAGAACGUGAACGAGGAUCUUAACAUCAAGGACUAUCUUUAUGUGAUAAUGGACGAGCUGGCGAAGAAUAUUAAGAAUCACGAUGAUAAUAAGUCAAAGCAGUCGACGGUAAUUUUAGCUGCUAUAUGUGCGGCUAAUAUCAAUGUCUACAAUCUGCUUAUUCCCCAAGUAAUGCCCCUUCUACUGGUAUCGGAUGAUUUAACAAUCAAAACCCAAAGACAAAUUUUGACGAACGUCUCUUUCAUGAUUGACAGCUAUUAUAUUCUCUUCAACGAGAAAGAAGAAUCUAUUCGCCCCAACAAUCCAAUGUAUGAGUUUAAAGAUGACCUUCUGAUGCUAUUUAACAAAGCUUUACUGUCGACAUCGAAGGUUGAGGUGUCACUCAGAUGUUUAGCCGUGAAACUUGUGGCCAAGGUCGUCUCACUGAAUUUCUUCCUAGCUGAUCAGGAAGCCCAAUUGAUUACUCAACUAGUGACAGAUGUCCUCCUAGAAGAUGACAACAGCGUGACAGAAAAGCAAAUACUUCAGUGUUUCAAGUCGCUAUCUGUAAGCUACCCAUCUGCUGUGCUUGAAAUAACUGUUCCAAAGUUAUUUUCUUUCCUUCCAGACGACGACACGGAUCUAGAUCUAUUAAACACCAAGUCUCGUGUGCUUGAUAUUCUCAUUUCCAUUUCGGAGUCCAAGCUGGUUAUUGACUCUGUUAUGUUGCGGCUAGUUGGAAAGAUCGAAAUUUUGAUAAAGUCAGCGUCCCAAAGUUAUGUCCGAUCAGUGUUUUUGACUUUAUGCAAAAUUGCUGAUAAAUUAAAUGCCAAGGAUUCCACGAACGACAACAUGAGACGACUAGUCCCACGGCUGUUUUAUGUCGUUCUUGAUACUGACAAAACUAAUCACGAUGAAGUGGUUCUGGAAUAUACAGGACGUGUUGCUAAAAAGAUAUUGCUGCAAACAGACACCUCUCAGCACGAGGAAAUCUUGCGCGACGCAAUUGAUUUUUUUAUUAACGGCAAACCUACACCUCUUGUUGCCAAGCACUUAUCGAAACCGUUGGAUAUCAUUAACGGAAACCAGCUGCCUUUCAUUAUUUUCACAAAAAUUAUUUCGGCAGUCGAUAAAAAUGUGAAGUUUUCUAUGGAAACCUCGUCUUUCCUCAAUCUCCUGUUCAAAGCAAACCAGUCGACGGUGCAGUUCUCAAGACUUCCAGUGGUGCAGUGCAUCUCGCUGGUUGUCAAUAAAUGGGUUGACGACUCUGAAUACCUGGCUGCAAUCCUGGAAGACUUUAAGAAAGCCUUGAGUGACUCUUCCAUACCCCUCAAGGAACGAGCCAACACUUUGGAGGUACUCAUCUGGGUUGGAAAAGCUUUGAUUAUGAAACAACACGCAUGCGCUCAAGCAUACGAAGAGUACCUUCUCUCUUUAUUUGACAGUGAAGAGCUUCACGUGUUUACCCCCAAAAUUCUCGAAAUACUGGUUGCAGAUGUAGAAUGCUACCAGCAGUUUAAGAAAACUGGUCCUUUCAAUAGAUCAAUUGUUUUCAAUGUGAAUGUGCGCUUGCUCUACAAACAGAAACUGUUUAAUACAGUGCUGCCCUUGCUGGUGUCCAAAUUUGAGUCCUCAAAGAACCAGACGUAUUUAUUAGCAUUAUCACUCAUGCUUAAGUAUGUCGACAAGUCGAUUAUUAUUCCGCAUGUUGAAACCCUACUGCCACUUGUUUUGAGGUCGCUGAGCACCGAUUCCAACGUCAUUGUCACUGCAUCGUUAUCCAUCCUAACCAUAGCAGUCAAUGAAUCAGACGAAUUGGUUUCCCGUCACUUAUCGACUGUCAUACCAAAUUUACUGGAAAUUGUCAACACGCACAAGAAUGAAACGGUGAAACGAAACGCACUGGAAUGCUUGCUUUCACUGACAAAGUUUGAUUUGCAUUUAUUAGUUCCCUAUAAACAGGAUAUCAUCACGCGACUUGCCAAAGUCCUGGAUGACCCUAAGCGAUCAAUUCGCCGACUGGCCUGCGAUUGUAGACAGGCAUAUUAUGAGCUGGGGGUGCCUCGUCAAUGA